AACAUCUGCGCUGUGAGGUGCGAUGCGAUUCACUGCUGUUCCACCAACCAGGUUCGCUCGCAGAUCGAUCAACCAGCACUCACAUACAUACACACACAGGCCGAGCAGCGGCUGGUUCCAUAACGAGCGGGCAGCAACCCUUUGGAUAGGACGGCCACCCGCACCGGGCGGAUGCUUUGAGCCGAUCAUGGGUGAAACGGGGAAGGGAUGAAGCCGACGACCCUGCUGGUGUGCCUGGCCCCUUUGCUCGGCGCCUCAGAGGGGAGAAACGAGCCAUGCGUGGACAUCCACGGGCGACUGGUGGCGCCAGAUCUUCACUACGUACCUGGACCAGACACAUGCACUCUCUGCGUGUGCGACAAUGGCGCUCCAAAACUCUGCAAAGCAGUUCUUUGCUCACCACCAACGGACUGCAAAUCGUUCAGACUGGGCGCUUCAUGCUGCGAUUUUAUCUGCUUGGAUGAUACUCUUCACAAGAAUGAUAUGAUGAACGAUGACUUGGGCAUGCGACUUGUCGCUUGCGUCAUUAUGAUCAUCCUCUCUGUCUCGCUGUUUUUCUUUUUGGUGCACAGACUCAGGAAGAGGAAAAUUAGAGGCCGUCAAAAUAGGCAGCUGACAGAAGAGGACCAUUCAAUGGCAAGCAUCGGCUACAUUGCAGGCAGCAUUGGCUACCUCCCUGGCACCAUGGGUUACAUGCAGGACUCCAUUGACUGUCCUUACGACGCGGAUCCCAGGGUCAACUUUGCCCUGUGGAAGCCCCCGGAGAGCUAUUUUCCGAGGGGUGAAGCGCCGCCGCCUUACGAAGAGGCUGUGGCUGCAGCUCAGGCAGAGGCUGCCAACUCGUCAAGACCUACUCAAACCAAUGGCAGACCUGGCCAGGUAGUCGAAGUGCUCUCCGUAGCUCUGCCCGCAGCUGUGCAAAAUUCAGAGGUUGAAAACCAACAAGCUAUCAGCUCUGAUGCUUUUUAUGAAGACGUGCACGUCGCAGCUAGCUCCUCUGCGGUAGACUAUGUUAAUGUGGAGCAGACGAGGGAGAUGAUGGCCGCCGCCCUGGAGAGCAACCUAGCAGCCAUGAACGCUUUGAACCACAGCACGUGCAGCUGCCCUGACGAGAAUGAUGACUAUCGCAGCGAGUGUGAAAACUGCAAGAGCGCUAAUGAGCUGGAGCCAGUGGCGCUGCCACCUCAGGAGACAAUGACGCUGCAGCGGCGGCCACCCAGUGUGACACCCAAUACAGCCAAUGGCUACCGGACUAGCCUUACACUGCCCACCCGUAGGUCAAGGUCUGGGCUGCUGACCGAUUCACCGCCGUUCAGCGUGCACUUGCCGCCGCCGCCCAACUGGUCCGACUCAAGUAGUUCCAGUCGAUCACAGAGUCCAGACCAUUCCGACCUGAACAGAACGUCAAGCAACGGUCUCGACGAGGCUAGCACGCACAUGUGAAUCCUUCAAGGCAUGCUUCAUAAUUACCGGGGUGGACCAUUAUUCAAGUAAUCACUUCUAAACCACCUGAUAGUCAUUAAAUUUAGGAUCUACACACAUAAUUUAUCAUAUAAAACACCAGCGGUUAUGCUAUGUCCUGCAAGGGCUGCUGUGUGUGGAUCACAAAAAGCACGAGAUCCUUUGAAGGUAGUUUAAAGAUGGCAUAACUUAGUGAUCAUUGAUCUAGUUGAAUCUCAAAUUGACUAGAAUUAAGAUUUUAUUAAACGUCUGUGAUUCUCAACGAAAAAUCAUUAAUUUUGUGUGACAGUUUUUAAAUUAAAUAAUAAUGUAUAAUUGAUUUGUGCUACGUGUUAUUUACAUGAACGUUUCUCUUGUAGCUCUGAAGGAUCCACUCUCAUUGUCAGAGUCAUCCUAAAAAUGAAUUAAUUAAAUAUCUGUUCUUUGAUUGGCAACAAUUCUACUAAAAUUUAAUUUAACUUUUAAUAUUCUUAAUUUUUUUUAAUAUAAUUUUUUGUCACAUGGCAAUUAUUGCCAUCUCGAGUUUAACGCUACCUUCAAAGGACUCUGCGGAAUGCAGAUCAAGUAUCUUCAAACGUCGGCUCACAAAUGCUCACUUUUACAAUACGCGAAAUUCUUUUUAUACUGUGACAUGAUGUGAAAAAUCGGAAAUUAGGAACAAACCUUUACUCUCUUGGACACCCUUCAACACAAUCUCUGUCUCAUCAGGAAAACUAACCAGUUUUAGGGAAAAAUACUCGUACACUGAGGUUAGCUUGAGUAAUUCGAUCAUUCCUUUUAUGCUUACAUAAAGGUUUGGUGUUUUCGACAUUUAAGAAAAAUAAGAAACGAUUAAUUAUUCUAUCAAGAGAUUAUAUACGUACAAUGUGGUUUGAAUUUAGGCUUGAUUGUUGAUUUUUGAGCCUAAUGAAAAAAUAACACUCCUAUAAAGCAAAGGGAUAGUAAUGCGAUUGUUGAUCUCGGCGGCCUGCCUCCUUUUGCAAAGAGCAAUUAUUAGCAUUUAAUGAAUUGCACAAGUCUUUCCAGCAAAGGAGGUGGCUUGUUCCGAUGUUGUGGCGACGGGCACAUUUGAUGCAAGUAAGACUGAUCCAAAUCAGUUAUUGAAACAAUAAAAAGCAAUUAAAACCUGCAGGGAGGUUGCAUACAACGUGGAAGAAAUAAAAUGCAUAAAUUGAUGCACCGGGUGAUUUUGAUCAUAUACAACACCGAGUGGCUUUAAAGCAGGACAGAAAAGAAUCGAAUUUAUGGCUUACAAGUAAAUUCCUUUCAAAUACAAUACUUCUUGCGAUACACAUUCCCCAACAGUUGCCGAUUUGAUGUUGCAAACUACUUUUAUGUCUCUCGACUUCUAUGAACCAUCAUCUGUGUUUUUGUAUAAGUCUCUAAAAAUGACAUCCGUUGGCCUAAAAUUGUCACUUUGGAUCUGAUUUUUUGGGCAGGAGAGUGAUGCUAGAUAUGCGCGUGUUGUUAUCAGACCAACUGGAUUGAGUCCCUCUCUGUACCUUAAUACAUUCCUUUCAUGUGAAAAUAUUAAGCAUUAUGUCAUCACAAACAUAAUUAUUGUCUUUUGCAGUAAGUUGUAAGAAAAUAAUUUUUGAUUUCACAUGAUUAAAUUGACUGACCCUUAAAUCACUCAUAUUAUGUCACUCUUUAUUUUUAUGUCCAUUAUAUUUAGGCAAUUUGAUGUACAAAAAUUGAUAUUUACUGUUUUAUGUUAAGAGAUGCAAUAACUUUCAAUUAAACUCUUUAAUAAUAGUACAUUGCUUAUUAUAUAUAUGCUGAUUUUGUAUAUUGUUUAUUUUAUGAGAGAUAUAUAUAUGUGUGGGUCGUGAAGGUGCAAAGGAUUUUUACAAUUUUAUUCAUAAAAGCGUGGCUCUCAAAUGGCAGAUAGCACAAAACUCCUUUGCACAUUCGCAGUAACCAGCAAAGCUUUUUUAAAAUAAAAUGAUGUUGCCCUCAA